AUGGGGUUAUUAGACAAGAUUCGAGCAAGGACUAUUCUGGAGGUAUCCCAACAGAAAGUUGAGAAUCAAACGAGUUUAGAAGAUAGCAACAAGAAGGGGACCGACACCAUUGUCCGCGAAAGGUCAUUAGAUAACGACGAGCCAUAUAUCGAUUUAAGUCUUAAUCUAACUCCAGAACAAGUGGAAGAACGGAAUUCUAAGUGGUUCAAAUUUAAAUUAUUUCUUUGGGACUCUCAUGAUAAGCACCCACUUGAAAAGAAGUUUCUUUUUAAGCUCGACUUCUUUAUUCUUAGUUCUUCUAUGUUGGGGUAUUUCAUUAAGAACUUGAAUCAGACAAAUGUUACCACUGCUUACGUUAACGGUAUGAGCGAGUACUAUGAUAUGACAAAGAAUCAAUACAAUUAUAUGACUACCCUUUGGACAGUUGGAUACAUUAUUGGUCAAAUUCCUUCAAAUUUGAUUUUGCACAGAAUUUCCGCCAGAUAUUAUUUAGGAGGAUUGGAAAUCAUAUGGGCAGUCUUGACAAUUUUAACAACUAGAUGCAAAACUAUUAACGGCUUAUAUGCAAUUAGAUUUUUCAUCGGGUUGACCGAAUCUGGGUACUUCCCUGGGUUAGAAUAUUUGGUAGGGAGUUGGUAUGGCCGUGACGAGCUUUCUAAAAGAUCAACUUUUUUCGCAGUUGCAGCAAAUGCAGCCGGACUAAUCUCAGGUCCACUUCAGCAAAGUAUAUUGCAAAACCCUCUGUUUCAAGGCAAGAGUCUCAAGCCAUUUCAAUACAUGUUUAUAUUUGAUGCGGUGAUUUCAUUCCCAAUAGGAUUUUAUACCAUGUUGGUUGACCCUAAUACCCCAUCUACCACCAAUGCUUGGUACUGGACAAAAGAAGAUAAACUCAUUGCUUUGGAAAGACGUAGAAGAAUUGGAGCUCAAUUAAAUACCAGAGAAAAGUACACUUGGAAGAAGAUUAAGUCCUUUUUCAAUACUUGGCAUAUAUAUGUCUUCCCAUUGUUGUUUUUGGCUUUCAAUAACUCCUAUUCAGCAAUCGGGCAACCGACUUUUACCACUUGGAUGAAACUUGAUCUCAAAGUCUCAUCGUAUGUAUAUAAUACCUAUCCUGCAAUCCUAUCAGGAGUUGGUAUUUUUGCAGCCCUAUCUGUUUCCUACAUCGCAGACUUUGUAGGAGGUAAUAAGAACCACAUAUUCAUUGCUAUCUUUUUUUCUUGUGUAAUUUGGGGAUGUGCAUCGCUUUCAUACUGGGACCUUCCAGUUAAUUACCAUUGGUUUUGCUACUUUAUCAUUGGUGUUCCAUUAUCUUGGGGGCAACCACAGAUUUUUUCUUGGGUGAAUAGACUCCUUUUCCAUGAUGAUAUGAAGAGAAACUUUGUUGUUGUUGUUACCAAUACCUUAGCCUACGUGACUGGUGCUUGGGUUCCAAUUUUUGUGUGGAAUACAAAGGAUCAACCUCGAUACUUUAUUGGAUUCACCUAUACAGCCUGUUUAUCUUCAUUUGGUUUAAUAAUGACCUUUUUGGCGUAUUACUUCAGUAGUAAAGACCAUAAGAGAGAAAUCACCAGAGAAAAGAAUCCCAAUGAAGACAGACAAGAUACGGAAAGUGAUUCUGAUUAUAUCAAUCGUUAA